AUGCGAAGCUUUAUGAAAAGAAAUAGUAGCUUAGUCAGUUUACGUAAACAAGAAAGUUGUAGUUUAUCUAGGGCGACUUCAUUCAAUAAACAUAAUGUUUCAAUUUUUUUUAAGAACUUAGAAAAGAUAAUGAAAAGAUGUCCCUCGUUUGCCGAUGGUUCUAGAAUUUUCAAUCUCGAUGAAACUGGUGUCACAACUAUUCAAUCACCAACAAGAGUUAUUGGACAAAAAGGUGUUAAGCGAUUGAAUCAAUUAACAAGUGGAGAGAGAGGUGUUUUAGUUACUGUGUGCUGUGUGAUAAAUGUAUAUGGAAAUAAGGUACCGCCAACAUUUAUAUUAAUGUUUUAUGUAUAA